UUGAGAACAACUCAAAUCCCUCGUUCCUUCCCCAAAGCCAAAAAAAACCCUAACCCCGCGGACGCCGACAAUCACCCUAGCAGUCACGAUUCGCGCAAAACGCCACUGACCAUCGGCUGUCGUCGCUGGCUAUCGGCCAUCCCUUCCGUCGCUAGCUGUUGUUCACUGGUCGCCCAUCGUCCGCCGACGUCGCUCGCAGAUUCAACGAGUUCGCAGCGAAGUGCAAACUACGGAAGGUCGAUUCCAUGAGCUAUAUGGCGCUUGUACUGUCUUUAGGCUCUUAGUUGUCGACUCGUCUACUACUCUUACGGUACUCUCUCUCUCUCAGCCAUGGCCAUGGCAAAGUUUGAACGUCGAUUUGUGCUCUUGCAGAAAGUUUUAAGAUCUAGAAGGAAUUGGUUGAUUCGAGGGAUCAGAUUUUAGAGUGCGAAACAGUUCUCUAGCAUAAAUUAGCUGAGAAACUACACAAGUAAGGAUGAUUUCUCUCCCUCUGCUUCGUUAAGAUUGUGAUGGAAAUUUAAUGGAAGAUAAUGCCGUAAAAAAGGAUUGAUAAUUGCGCUGAUUAUGGCACUGAGAGUUCCUGUUUGGUAGUUUGUUGAGAAUGUAAACCUGAGGGUUUUGUGUUUUUUUUAUUUAUGUAUAGUUUUUUUUUUUAGUAUGGAUAUUUGAAUUUAUGAGUGAAUGCUUUAUGCAUUAUUUUUUUAACAAUUUAGAACUUGGGUUGUGGGUUUUGUGUAUGUUUACUCAUGGAUUGGAUGUUUAUUUGAACUUUACAGAAUUGUAUAUUUUGAAUUUAUGCUUGAAUUUUAAUGUUUGAAAUUCUAUUUUACAUAAAAUCAAAAUGGAAGAAUUUUUUUUUUUUUUUGAUGAGUUUAAAAUUUUAAUUGAAUCUAAUGGUUUAGUUUGGGUCAGUUUAGUUAACAAUGUUGUAGCGUUAUGACUUUGAUACUGGAUGUUGAUAGUUCUAUGUUGAGAUGAAUGUGUUUAUAUAAUUGUCAUUUUGCAUGGUUUUAAUUGUUUCAUUUUAAUAGAUUUAUUGGAUGGGGAUACUUAAAGACGAAUCAACCUUACUGAAGGGGGAUACAGUUGAAGAUGAUGAAAUGGGGGAUAUUAGUCCUGAAGUGUCUGAAUCUGAAUCGGAGUCUGAAGAUGAAGAUGUGAAGCUGGCUGAACCAACAAAGAAAUCCAUUUACAACAGAGAUGGUCUCCUUGAUAAACUUGGAGAUCUUAGCUGGCCAGAGAAUGUUGAAUGGAUACAUAAGCUUUCUGUUGACAUUGAUCGAGAGCAAGAGGUGGAUGUGAAUGAUGACCUGGCACGAGAGCUUUCUUUUUACACGCAGGCAUUGGAGGGAACAAAGCAGGCGUAUGAGAAGCUUCAGUCAAUGAGACUCCCUUUCCUAAGGCCUUCUGACUAUUAUGCAGAAAUGGUGAAGUCUGAUGUGCACAUGGUGAAAGUGAAGGGUCGACUUUUGGCAGAGAAGAAAAAGAUGGAGGAGGCUGAGGAGAGGAGAAAAGCUAGAGAGUCGAAGAGAAUAGCUAAAGAGGUUCAAGCUCAAAAGCUGAAGGAGAGGGCUAAGCAGAAAAAGGAAGAGAUAGAGUCUGUGAAGAAAUGGAGGAAGCAGAGGCAACAGAAUGGAUUUGCUGAGAAAGAUGGAGAUAUGGGUUUGCCCUUUGAAGAUGGAAAGACAUUUGGAAGGUCAAAUAAAAGGGGGCAAAUGGUGGCUCCUGGAGAUCGUUCUGGUGGAAAGACAAGACUAGGUGGUAAGGGAAAGAAGGGAAUGGAGAAGAAGAUGAAGCAAAGAGAAUCCAAAAAUUCGAGGUUUGGAUUUGGAGGGAGGAAAGGCUUGAAGAAGCAGAACACUGCAGAGACAACAAAUGACUUCAGAGACUUCAACAAAAGCUUGGGAAACAAGAAAAGGAAGAGGUGAAGUUGCAUUCCAUUUUCUUUUAAGAUUCAAGAACUGUUUUACUGUUGGAGAUUCUGCUAUAUCGGAUGAUUUAAAAUUGACAGCACCGGGCUUUUGUAGCCUGAUUUUUGUUUUUUUUCCCCCUAGUUAAUUGGCCUAUGUAUGCAUUAAACUCAUAAAAUUUUGUUUGAAUGAUGUUUGGUGAUUAUAUUA